GGGAGGCUGGGGGAGCAGGCAGCCUUCACUGAGAGAGGGGAGGGAAGGCUCAGGGAGGGGUGAACCAAGCUCUGGACCUCCUCGGGAGAAGAGUGAGACAGGGACAAAGAAAGAGCCAGUCCUCUGAGACUUUUAGGUGAAGCAAAUCCUUGGGCACCAUGCUGACCGAAAUGGAGAACACCCUGAACAACUUCAUUGAGAUCUACCACAAGUACUCCAAGCUGCAAGGGAGCGACCACGCCCUCUACAGGGAUGACCUGAAGAAGUUGUUGGAGGACGAGUGCCCUCAUUUCUUGCAGAAAAAGAAUGCAGAGACCUGGUUCAAAGAGCUGGAUAUCAAUCGAGAUAGUGCAAUCAACUUCCAGGAGUACCUGUCGCUGGUGAUAAAGGUUGGCCUGGACGCCCAUGACGAAAUCCACAAGGAGUAGCAGGGUUGCUGGCCUGGGGCUGGGCCCCUGGACUGAUCCCUGAAGAUUAAUAAAGUGAUUGAUACCUCA